AUGGAUGUGGGUCUGGCGAUGACGCACUCCCACCAGGGGGAGGAGACUCCGUUCGAGCAGGCCAAGAAAGUGAUGACGCUGUUUGUGCAAAGACAGGUGUUUGCGGAGGGUAAAGAUGAGAUUGCGGUGGUUCUUUUUGGCACGGAUGAUACAGAGAACCCGCUGGCAGAUGGAGAUCAGUAUCAGAACAUCUCAGUCCAGAGACAUCUCAUGCUGCCCGACUUCCAGCUGCUAGAGGAGAUUCAGAAUGUCAUCCAGCCUGGUGAUCAGCAAGCUGACUUCCUCGACGCUCUGAUCGUCUCCAUGGACAUUCUGCAGAAGGAGACUCUAGGAAAGAAAUAUGAGAAACUUCACAUCGCAGUGUUCACAGACCUGAGCAGCCCCUUCAGUGAGGAUCAGCUGGAGAUCAUCAUCGCCAACCUGAAGAAAGCCGGCAUCAGCCUGCAGUUCUUUCUACCUUUUCCUGUGGAUGAAGAUGAGGACGGAGCUGGUGGCGGAGAGAAUGGCAGUGGAGACGCAGCAAACAGACGAGGACCUGGAAAAGGGUUUUCUGAGCAACAGAAGGAUGGCAUCCAGAUGGUCAGGAAGAUCAUGUUCGCUCUGGAGGAUGCAGACGGCCUGGACGAGGUUUACUCUUUCAGGGACAGUUUGGAACAACUUUCCAUCUUUAAGAAGAUAGAGAGGAGGCCUAUGCCGUGGCCCUGCCAACUUACCAUCGGCUCUAAAAUUUCCAUACGCAUUGUGGGAUACAAAUCUGUUACAGAGGAGAGAACGAAGAAGAGCUGGGCUACUGUAGACGCUAAAACCCUGAAAAAAGAAGACGUACAGAAGGAAACCGUGCAUUGCCUGGAUAACGACGAGGAGACAGAAGUUCAGGCAGAUGACAUUAUUCAAGGUUUCCGUUAUGGAAGCGACAUAAUUCCAUUUUCCAAAGUGGAUCAAGAACAGAUGAAAUACAAGAAUGACUCCAAAUGUUUCUCGGUGCUGGGCUUCACGAAGUCAUCGCAGAUUGACAGGACUCAUUUUAUAGGCAGUCAGGUACUGAAGAUCUUUGCACCUCGGGAUGAUGAUGCUGCAGCUGUUGCACUGUCUGCCCUCAUCCGUGCCCUCCAUGACAUGGAGAUGGUUGCCAUCGUACGUUACGCCUACGAUAAAAGAUCUAACCCCCAAGUUGGAGUUGCCUUCCCCAGGAUCAAGGAGAAGUACGAGUGCCUUGUUUACGUCCAGCUACCAUACAUGGAAGAUCUCCGUCAAUAUCUCUUCUCUUCACUUGAAAACAACAAGAAGUUCAAGCCGACAGAUGACCAGCUGUCCGCAGUGGACUCUCUCAUUGACAGCAUGAGUUUGGUGUCUAAUGAUGGGGAGGAUUUGGAGGAUCUGUUCAAUCCCAGCAAAAUCCCUAACCCCCAAUUCCAGAGGCUGUUCCAGUGCCUACAGCAUAAGGCCUUCCACCCCGAGGAACCCCUUCCACCUAUCGACCAGCAUCUUCUGGACAUGCUGGAGGCCCCCGCAGAAGUUAAAGCCAAUUGUAAAGGUGCCUUAGCCAAAGUGAAGGCCUGCUUCCCUCUGCAAGUGGCCGGGAAGAGGAAGGAGCAGAAGACAGCCCAGGAUAUCUUUGAAGACAAGUAG